AUGGAAAGAAGCAGUGACAGUGAGGAAGAGCGCAAUGUUACUCCCACUAAAAAAAGAAAGCUGCAUUAUGAACAAAAAUAUUCACACUUGUGGGAAAAGGACCAAAAGUAUUCAGGUUGGAUUAAAAAAAGCAACAAAGGAGAUUACUAUUUUUAUUGUAAUUCAUGUAAGUGUGACUUGAGAUGUGGUGGAGGUAAAAGAGUUUUGGAGAAGCAUGCAGAAUCUUUUAAACAUAAGAAUAAUGUUAAAGGUGCAAUACUUCAACCUACUAUUAUUUCAAUGUUGCCUGAGUCUGCAUCAAAGUCAUUCACAGAUAAAAUUAAGUCUGGAGAAAUAAAGAUGGCAUGUUUCCUAGCAGAGCACAAUCUACCAUUUAGUUUAGCAGACAGUCUAAAGGAUCUUGUACAAUCAAUUGCCCAAGAUUCAAAGCUUGCAUCAGAAUUAACUUUUGGAAGAACAAAGGCACAUGCUAUUGUUACAAAUGUUACUGGUAAAGUAGCUGAAAACAAAUUAAUUGAAAUGUUACAAAAAAAUAAGUUUUCACUGAUAGUUGAUGAGAGCACAGACAGAUCAUCAACUAAACAUUUGGCACUUAUUGUAAGGACUGCAGUUGAUUUUCAUGUUGAAGAUAGUUUUCUAUGUCUAAUACCAGUUGUUGACGGUACAGCUACAGUCUUACAUAAUGCAUGUACAAAAUAUUUUGAAGAAAAGAAUAUUCCAUUCAAAGAAAAUAUGAUUGGAUUUGCAGCUGACGGAACUAAUUCCAUGUUUGGACAACAUCAUUCUUUGUCUACAUUGUUUGCAAAAGAUUCCGAAUCUGUUUCUAAUGAAAUGCAUAUGUCACUCUUUUCACCUUUGUGCCUCAUAUGCUUGCAAAAAGUUACCACGAGGUGUGGAGGACUUUGCUCGUGA